GCUAUGGGUAACCCGGCUGUUGAAGAUCAAAUAGACUCGUAGAGUGGUUUCGGUUGGAAAGGACCUUAAACAUCGCCUGGUUCCAACAGCUGAUGUCAAUCCAGCAUUUUUAAAGCACGGGUUACUGUGCUGUGAAUGUGGAAGCCAUCACAACAGAAGUGAAUGAACUCCUUGGGCUUAUCUGGACCAAGCCAUUGUCAUCUUUCAAAGGCUCAGUACCUUCUGCAGCACUCAUCUGGUAUCUACUGAUACAAAGGCCUGAACAAAGACUCAUUCCUGUGAUUCACUGAUCCUCUUGAUGAACCUCAACCUGCCUGACAUCCUGGGUAAGGGAAGAUGCAGGUCUCAGGAACUGCACCUUGUCACUGCAGGGACUCACUUCCACAUCCACUGAAGGCAGUGACUUCACUGAUGUUGCAAAGAAUGGCAUUAUGGUCUCACAUCUUCUCUGUAAUUCCACAUAUUGAUUUCAGCUUUCUUCAGAAAAUGAAGCCACACCAGAGGUGUAGUUCUGAGGCAGUCCCAAGAGCCCAAAGAGCUGUGGGGAUAUGUGCAGGUUCGGAGUAAGGCCCACAUGUUCUGGUGGCUCUACUAUGCAAAUAACCCAACCAAAGAUUUCACAGAACUACCUCUCGUCUUGUGGCUUCAGGGAGGUCCAGGAUCUUCAGGUUGUGGAUUUGGGAACUUUGAAGAGAUCGGUCCACUAGACAAAGAAAUGAAACCAAGAAAUACAACCUGGUUGCAGGCAGCCAGUAUCUUGUUUGUGGACAAUCCUGUGGGCACUGGAUUCAGCUAUGUGGAUGAUUGUAGCUUGUUUGCCAGAAACCUUUCCAUGGUAGUUUCUGAUAUGAUGGUUUUCCUUGAGGAAUUCUUCUCAUGUAGAACAGAAUUCCAGACCAUCCCAUUCUACAUAUUUUCUGAAUCUUAUGGAGGCAAAAUGGCUGCUGGCAUUGCUUUAGAGCUGCACAGGGCUGUUCAAAAAGGGACCAUAAAGUGCAAUUUUAUGGGGACUGCUCUUGGAGACUCGUGGAUUUCUCCCUUGGACUCUGUGCUGUCUUGGGGGCCCUACCUUUACAGCACUUCCCUCCUUGAUGAUAACGGCCUAGCAGAGGUGACUGCUGUUGCCAAAGAAAUAAUGGAUGCGAUAAAUAAAAAUCAGUAUGGGCUGGCCACUGAGCUCUGGGGCAAGGCUGAAGGUGUCAUUGAAGAGAACACAGACAAUGUGAACUUCUAUAACAUCAUGACUAAGGAUGUUCCAGAAAUGAAAUCAGAUGAACAAGAAAAUCUCUAUCUCACGCGACUUUACCAGCGCCACGUCAGAAACAUGCACCAGGGCAGCCUGGAUGAACUGAUGAAUGGCCCCGUCAGAAAGAAGCUGAAGAUUAUUCCUGACUGUGUGAAAUGGGGAGGUCAGUCCAGACAGGUCUUUGAGAACAUGGCUGAGGACUUCAUGAAACCUGUCAUUGAUGUUGUUGAUCAGCUUUUGGCAGCCAAGGUUAAUGUUACUGUCUAUAAUGGGCAGCUGGAUCUCAUUGUUGACACCAUGGGCCAGGAAGCGUGGAUCCGGAAACUGAAAUGGCCCUGUUUGGACCAGUUCAGCCAGAAAAGGUGGAAGGCACUGUAUGUGUCUCCAGAUUCCACCCAAACAGCUGCUUUCCACAAGGCCUAUGAGAACUUUGCUUUCUUCUGGAUUCUCAAGGCUGGGCACAUGGUACCUUCUGACCAAGGGGAGAUGGCACUGAAAAUGCUCAGGAUGGUGACCCAGCAGCAGCUGUAGGGAGGGGGAGCCCAGCUGGCCUGGCUUCCUGCCCAGCCCCAGGGCUCCUGAGGAGUGAGUCCAGACUCCGGAGCCGAAGGAGGAGCAAUGGCUGUUUGGACACACAACCUCUCUGAUCUUGUGAUAAAGUGCACAAGCACUCAUGGAAAGGCAUUUUUUUCCUUGAAUGAGUUGUUGCUUUUGAAUUUUUAAGCUGGGAUUUGCUGCCUUAAUAGUGUUCAAAAAUGACUCCAAAAAUGACUCAAAAAUGAAGUCCACUGUCAUAAAGAACUAACUCUGAUCCUUUGACUUGGAAGGAUUUUGUGUUCUUGCCCUUCCCUGAAUGCUCCCUUCUCUGUUCACACACCAAGACUAAAACUGAUUUGACCCCUGAUAGAUUUGCUUUGUGUUUCUCUCUGAGAGCUGAUCUGCUUCAUGAGGCCGUGGAAUGUUCCUUCCUUUGUCCUGAGGCCUCUGCUUGAGUCACCUGGCUGGAUUACAGGCUGAACAUAUGGAGACGACAGGAUAGAGGACCUGCCCCAGAGGAAUCACAGUCCAUCUCAUCUUGCUGGGGGGCCUGAAUUAGGAUCCAGGAUUCUUCAGGUUUCCUGUGUUAUGGAGAUAGAAAAACACCCCCCAGAGGAGGAUUUGACCUUUUUCAUGUGGCCAUUUGUUUCUUGUUUUCAUUCUCUUUAAUAACUAUUACUCAAACUUUGCCUUUAGCCUUAACACCUAAAGCAUAUCCAGCAGGAAUUCCUGCUUUCCUGGAAGCAGGAGCCCUGUUAAUACCCUCUUCUUGUACAGGAAAGAGUCCUAAUGGACAGAAGCCACUUAAACCUUCUGGCUUUAGCCUGGAGAGUGAAAAGGAGCAUUAUAUGAACAAUAAUAGCAUAGUUCUGAGAGAUAAUAGCAGUGUUUAAAAGAAGGGUAUAUAAAAUCUUGAUCUAUAUUUUCUAAAGAUUUUUUUUUAAGUCUUGCAGAGACCUAUUAUUUUGAAACAACAUUGUUUUUUAUAUACUAGUUAAGAAGAGACUUGGUCAGACAUCAUUUGACUUCUGCUACGGAGCUCAAAGCCGCUGCUGUUUAUUGGUGUCUGAUAGGAGGCACAACAGCUCAUUCCAGCUGUCAGAAUCCUAAAUAAAUAGCAGCCCUACAAUUACUUCAGCAACUGAAACUGCCAUGAAAUGCCUGAGAGCAUUGGCUCAGCAAGGACUGAGGCAUAAUGCUGUGCAAACACAUAUGCAGUCACCCAGCAACUGCAGUAUUGGCACCUAAUAAGUGCUUUCCUUUUUUGUGUUCUCUCCUUGAACUGUAUUCUAGAGAACUUUAGCAAUGCAAAUCCAGAUUUAUUUUUUUAAACAUUUGUUGGAAUAAAUAGGUCUAAUUGAUCUCUCUUCAGCAUCACACUGAUGUCACUGCUUGAGAAUCACAGCUUUUCUGUUUUGGCUUUUGGAUGAACAGGAGGAGGGUGCUGGAAGUGUGUAAGUGUGAAUAUCUGCAUUUUUGAAAUAUUUUUAAGUAACUUGCCAAGCAAAUCAGCAUGUUUGAGCCUGGGCAAUGUGCUGGUUUGGGCUGGGAUAGAGUUCCUUUUCCUCAUAGUAGAUAUUCUGGGCUGUGUUUGGAUUUGUGCUGGGGACAGUGUUGAUAACACAGGGGUGUUUUAGCUGUCACUGAGCAGUGUUGUCACAGCAUCAAGGCCUCUUCUGCUCCUCACCCAGCGGGAAGGCUGAGGGGCACAAAGAGCUGGGAGGGGGCACAGCCAGGACAGCUGACCCCAGCUGACCCAGGGGAUAUCCCUGACCAUGUGGUGCCAGGCUCAGCAGGGAAAGCUGGGGGAAGAAGGAAGGGGGGACAUUUGGAAUGAUGGUGUUUCUUCCCAAGUAACUGCUACAUGUGAUGGAGCCCUGCUUUCCUGGGAUGGAUGAACACCUGCCUGCCCAUGGGAAGUGCUGAAUGAAUUCCUUGUUUUGAUUGGCUUGUGUGUGCAGCAUUUGCUUUCCUAUUAAACUGCCUUUAUUUCAA